UUGAAAAGAUACAGAACCAGUGGGAUGAAGUACAUGGGCACCUUCAGAGCAGAAGACAGCAGUUACAUGAAAUGCUGAAAGAUUCAGCACAAUGGUUGGAAGCUAAGCAAGAAGCUGAGCAAGUUCUAGAAUGUGCCAAAGCCAGGCUUGAGUCAUGGAAGGAGAUUUCUUAUACUGUGGAAGGACUGAAAAGGCAGAAUGCUGAACUCAAGCAGUUUGCAAAAGAACUGCGGCAAUGGCAUAUAAAUGUGGAUGUGGCAAAUGAUUUAGCUCUUAAACUUCUCCGGGAUUAUUCAACAGAUGACACCAGAAAAGUAGAACUUAUGACCAAUAACAUUAAUGAUGCUUGGGCCACCAUUAAUAAGAGGUACAUUCCUUCAGAUUUUGAAGCAGAUAUUUCAACAGACACUUCAGGUGGUAAUGUCAACAUCUGUGGGAUUCCAUGA